AUGAUAUUGCGUGGCAGCUAAGGUCGACCGGUGUCGUUCACGUAUAAAAGGGCUUAGCUGUGGCACAAAUCGCGGAUUUUGCGACAAGAGAACAUCUAACGAUGAAAGACGAUUUGCAGUAUCUGUCAGGGUUCGAUUGCGAGUUUUCCAGCGAGGACGCGCGAUGUCCUGGCGCUCUGCCCGUUGGACAGAACAGUCCUCAAAAGUGUCCUUACGGGUUGUAUGCCGAGCAACUGUCUGGCACAGCGUUUACAGCCCCUCGAUCACAGAACAAACGUUCCUGGCUCUAUCGGAUUCGACCAUCCGUCGUUCACAAGACCUAUCAACCGAUUGUUGACGAAGCUCCUCGUUUGGUCUACGAUUGGGAUGCCACUCAUCCAACACCAAAUCAACUGAGAUGGAAACCGUUCGACGUGCCGAGCAGACAGGCAGCGGAAGUGGACUUUAUCGACGGCUUGCACACGAUUUGCGGUGCUGGUGACGGUCGCACGCGACAAGGCGUAGCGAUCCACGUAUACCUCUGCAAUGCUUCCAUGAGGGACAAAGCCUUCUACAACGCUGACGGAGAUUACCUCAUCGUUCCUCAGCUGGGACCGCUGCUGAUAACCACGGAAUUCGGCAAGAUUCGUUGCGAACCGAACGAAAUAUGCGUGAUCCAGCAAGGUAUGCGGUUCAACGUAACGGUCUUUGGACCGUCUCGCGGAUACAUUCUGGAGGUGUUCGAUGACCAUUUUCGCCUUCCCGAUUUGGGGCCCAUAGGAGCAAACGGUUUGGCCAACCCGCGCGACUUUCAAACACCGGUUGCGCUCUACGAGGACCGCGAUACCGAUUACAAGAUCGUGUGCAAGUAUCAGUGUAAACUGUUUGUCGCCCAGCAAGAUCACAGCCCGUUCGACGUGGUGGCCUGGCAUGGAAACUACGUGCCCUUUAAAUACGACCUUGCCAGAUUUAUGGUCAUCAACUCGGUUUCCUUUGACCACUGCGAUCCCUCCAUCUUCACGGUCCUGACCUGCCCCUCGAGGAAGCCAGGAACAGCGGCUGCCGAUUUCGUGAUAUUCCCACCCCGUUGGUCCGUGCAGGAGCACACUUUCCGGCCUCCUUAUUACCACCGGAACUGUAUGAGCGAGUUCAUGGGCCUCAUAAAGGGCCGUUACGAGGCUAAAGAGGAUAGUUUCCAUCCAGGCGGGGCGUCGUUGCAUUCCAUUAUGACCCCUCAUGGACCGGAUACGCGUUGUUUCGAAACCGCUUCUAAUACCGAGCUCAAACCCGAGCGGAUCGCCGAUGGAACUCAGGCGUUCAUGUUCGAGACCUCGUACAGCAUGGCGGUCACCGAAUGGGCCCUGAAAACGUGCAACAAACUCGACAACGAUUACAACAAGUGCUGGGAAGGCCUGAAGAAACACUUCUCUGAAAGCAAGACGAUUCUGUGAUUAUUCCUCGAAUAAUCGUACAAGCGUUAUCAACUUUAUCGCACUUAAGAUGUCUCGCCUGGUUUUAUACGUUUUGUUUUCUUUUGCAACGAACGAUAAAAAUAUGAUCUUUUUCGUUGGUCUAUAUCUUAUAACUUUCGUUAUUUUUAAGCACGCAUGAUGCUUGUCGACGACAAACAAAGAACUACAUACUGUAAUAAGAAUAAUUUAAAUCUUAAUUGAUUGUAAUAAACAACACUUUUACGUCGCCGAUGAUAACGAUCAGGUAAAACAAAAAUUGUAUAAUUAAUUGUAUUGUAUUCUACGAAAGUCUUUUAAUAAAAUAAAGAUAUGCAGAAGAUUGA